AUGGGUGGGUGGGGGUCUGAAGGGAAGCAGGAGGCAGGAGACAGACUGAGACUCUUGGACAGACGCACUGGGAUUGCUGGCUCUCUCCCAGUCAGGACACCAGACACUCUGCUGGAUAUGCUGGAUAUUGAAGCCGAGAUACUGGAUGAGGAGUCUGCACCAGAUUUGGGUUUGAACGUGUUAUGUGACAGUGAGCCAACACAUGCUGUGCCAGACAGAGUGGGGGACUCACAUGAACAACCCAGACUAGUCCAUCUAACUUCUCACUGGGCUCUCCAGUUGGUCAAUGACUCGCUUGCUUUCUCCAGGGCUGACAGCUUCUGUAGAGGCCAGCUCAGCUCACUUGCCUCUCUCGACCAGUCAGAGGAACGGGAAGGAGCCUUGGAGCUUCUUCAGCAGACUGGACUUCACUCCCCUAUCUGGGUCAGGGAUCCCAGCAAAGCAGCCUCCCAACCUGUGGCCCUCUCCAAACAAUAUUUACACUUCUCAGCUCUAUACUUCCCAAAGGAAUCCCGGGAGGGCUUUGCCCGUGUCAUCAUGCCCUUUCCAGCCCUGUCUUCUGUCAGUGUGUGUGUUCGUGUUCAGUGGAACCAAGAGUGGAAUGAGGUGUCCACCAUCUUCUCCUACGCAGCACCUGUCUUUACUAAUGAGUUCCAGUUAAGAGGACAAGUGGACAUGCAGGGACGCAUCCUCCUGGCAACCAUCAUCCACGGGAAGCACCUGCCAUAUAAGGCGUCCUUUCCCAACGAUGGAGCUUGGCAUCACAUCUGUGUCACGUGGCGCAGGAACGGUGGCCACUGGGCUAUCUAUGUGGAUGGGGACAGGAAGGACAUGGGCUCUGGCACAGAUAUUUCAAGAGAUAUCUACGGGGAUGGGAUACUCAUUCUGGGUCAGGACCAAGAUUCAUUUGGAGGGAAUUUCACAGAGCCCUUUUUUGGAAAUAUCACUGACCUAAAUGUUUGGAAUAUUUCUCUGGAAACAAGACAUAUCCUUGCCCUCAAUGCAUGUACACCCAUGACCCAGGAAGUGUUUUUCAGUUGGAACCUUGACCACCUAAGCAGCCAUUCAGUGGUCAAAGAGGUGCAAGUCCUUCUGUUUUGCCCAGCAAUGCACCAGCAGAUGGAGGUGCAGGGCUGCAGGACACUGCAGGGUUGGUCAGACCAGCUCCCACUGUUCAACCUGACGGACUGUUCCCAUCCACUGCCAUUCAUCUGCAGCAGCAGCAGAGAGCGUUACCUGAAGAUGAAGCAGAUAAGUGAUUCUCAGAACUCUCACCCCACUGCCUUUAUGAGCCAUAUGAUGAAGCUCUCCAACAAAACCCAGGCAGUGCUGGGCCAGCAGCCAUCGCGGCUAGGCAACCUGGCCCAGGCGUCUGCCCUGCUGGACAUCUCUGUCCAGGCCCUGGAGGACACCCAGCAAGAGGGACUGCAGCCAACAGACAUGGUGUCCCUCAUCCAGCUGCUGUCUCUGGCUGCUGACGUCCCAACACAGCCGUUCGCCGAUGCCGCCAACCACAGCCAGGACAACAUCCAGGAGUUCAGCCAGCUCUUCGUUAGUGUGGCCGACAGCGUCAUCAGUGAAGACAAUGCCCUCAAGUGGCAGGCCAUCAAAGAGGUGGUGAACGGCCCCAUGGAUGUGGUCAAGAGUAUUGACUGUAUGCUGACCAGCCUGAGCCCUCGCUUGAUGGCUGAGACUGAUCACCUGACCAUUCACAGCCCAAACAUCAAACUGGAGGUGCAGCAGCAGAGGCUGCAGGACGGAUCCAGAGGAUCGAGCUUCUGUGGACCUGAGACAGAGAAACACACAAACCUGGACUGUAUUUCAGUCCCACAUCAGAAGAUACAGGAUCUCCACAACAACGGCUUCCAUAAGCUCACGUUGGUCAACACAUGGUACGGCUCUCUGCGGCCUCUUUUCAAUCCUGAGAACAACAUCUCCAUGGUUCCUACUGUCACCGAUGGAAGCCAGAGGUAUUUGGGCACUGUCCUGGGCUCUUCUGUCAUAUCCACCACAGUGCUGGCAGACGACCAGACGGUUAGCACAGCAGUUCGCUUCAAGCUCCAGCACAAAGUACAGAAUCCCACUGGCACUGUGUAUGAUCCAGUGUGUGCCUUCUGGGAUUUUGAUCUCAAUCUGGAAGCUGGAGGGUGGUGGAAUACCAAAGGCUGUGAGGUAGUGUCCAAACAAUAUGGAUACACUGUGUGCUACUGCAACCACACCACCAAUUUUGCGUUGCUGCUGCAGGUUUAUGAAGCCCAGAGGAGCCUGGAGAACGAAAAAGCUUUGCAGGUGCUGACGUUCAUUGGCUGUGGAGUGUCUCUGUGUGGCCUCCUCUUCACCUUCAUCCUCUUCAUCGCUGUGGGUGUUCCUAAAUCAGACCGUACCACCGUCCAUAAGAACCUGAUUGUUGCUCUGAGCAUCGCCGAGCUGCUGUUGAUGUGCAGUGACUGGGCAUCUGCAAAUGAGGCAGCAUGCUUCGUGGUGACUGCACUACUCCACCUCUUCUUCAUGGCCUCCUUCGCCUGGAUGCUGGUGGAGGGUCUGCUGCUCUGGAGCAAAGUGGUGUCGGUCAACAUCAGCGAGGACCGCAGGAUGAAGCUCUACUACAUCAUUGGCUGGGGACUACCUGUUCUAAUUGUUGGUGUAACACUGGCAGUAUCAGUGGACAAGUACAAGGCAGAUAACCACUGCUGGCUCAAUGUGAAGACUGACACCAUCUGGGCCUUUGUGGGACCUGUUAUAUUUGUCUUGGCGGUCAAUGCAGUUGUGCUGUGUCGGGUUGUCAUGGUGACAGUUUCCAGUGCUCGCCGUCGUGCUAAGAUGCUCAGUCCAAGCUCAGCAUCAAAGAUGCAGACCUUUGACCUCACUUGGGCUGUGACCCGUCCAGUUCUCAUCCUGCUGCCAGUGUUGGGUCUGACCUGGUUGUGCGGAGUGCUGGUCCAUCUGUCUGUAGUAGUCGCCUAUGUCUUCAUCAUUCUCAAUGCCUUCCAGGGCUUGUAUAUCUUCUUAGUGUAUGCUGUGUACAACAGUGAGGUGAGGAAUGCCAUAAAGAGGAUCAAAGAAAAGAGGAAGGCCUUAUCUUUCACGAACUGUUCCCAGCCAACCAGCUUCCUACCUUCCCAGAGGGCCCCAAUUACCUCCUGGGGGCGUAGUCCACCUACUGCCUCCAGCCCUGAGACCAGUGAGACCUCUGGACCCCCCAGCUCCACUUCAACAUCAUUGGUCAUCAAGAACGAGAGCUUCAGAAAGGAGAGCUUUGUGAAUUUCUCUAUAAAACCAGCAUCAGGAAAUCAAGUGGUGCAGCUGAUUGGGUUCAAGCCAUCAGCUCUGCAAUAGAAAUUCAAGCUUACCAGGAAGAACAAGGCUCCAACAUGGCAAUAUGGUGUGUUAUAUAGUUAGUAAACAUUUUCAGCAUGGACCACUGUGUUUGAUAAUGGCUUGCUAGAAAGUGUGUUACUGUUGUAAAUAGAUGAUUACAAUAAAGAAUGAAAAGACUGUACCAUUGCAGCUUACUAUGGAGCUGUAAAGCACCACCAGAUAGAUGCUGUGAGUUUAAAACAGAUAUUCUUAACGCUUUAGAAACAGGAGGUGCAUGUUCUGUUCAGUACCUAAUGACUCUAAUCGCUCUUAAACCUAUCUACAGUAUUUACUCUCAAAUUACUGUUGGCUUCAGACACUGCACGUUGUCUUUUUUCUCGUUGUUCUGUAGCAGCAGCCAUUUUAACUCCUAUCCUACCAGCUUAAACUGUUCCAAUCUGUUUGUGGAGAGCAGACCAGGAAUCAUGUUUUGACUGAUAUUAUAUUUUUAAAUAAGAAUCACAAUUCUUGAUGUUAGCUGCUACGGUCUAAAAUGUGUUCUCUCUGUUGUGUUGUUAGACAUCAUGGUGUAUUGUUCAACAUGAUCUGCCUGUUCUACAUUUCCACAUUUUUGUAGAUGGACAUUUGAGGAACAAAUCAAUUUUCCUCUGAAGAUACUUUAAUGGCAAAAUUACAAUUGUCACAGUAAGAUUGAUGUCUAUUUUAGAGAUAUUGAAUGACGACUUUCCAGGAAUGAUUUGUUUCUAAAACUGAUGUUUAAUGUUUUAGACUAUUGCUGAAUGUUUGCUGUGUGUUUCUAGACAGAAGUGUUAAGUCAGACACUGCUGUGACUGCUGUGUUGAAUCUAUAUAUGAGCUCUGUAUCAUUUGUGCAAAACUGAUGAAUCUUAUGCAAUAAUAGCCGACAAACAAGUGGAGCUUUACUUCACUGAAUUUUAUUGGUUUGAUGCUAUUACAAUAAAAUAUAUUUCAAGAAAACAAAAA